AUGUCGUUCAUCAUCGGAUAUGUCGAACGUCUGAUGGGCCAUAGCAAUCGUGAUUCACAGCAAGCAAAUAAUCAGACGUUAGUAUCGUGGCUGCCUGUGUUGGCUAUAUUUUUUAUUUUAACAGUUUUGGGAAUCAUUGCCGGAGUAGUUGUCCUGUCGUUACUUAGCUUAUAUUUACCGAACAAGGCAGACAAUAUGAUCAUCAAUCACAACAGUAAUGUGAUAAGAACCAUAGACAUGGCCCUUGCUACUAGCCUGGACGUUAAUAACAUAUUCAAUGUUGGUAAUUAUGAUUCAAUCGGUAAACAAUUGGAACAAUAUCUUGGAUAUUCAUCUUCAGUACUAAAUGUUCAGUGGGCUGCUUUUAGUAGCAAUACAUUGACAGCUAGCACUAGUAAGAAGAGAAAACGAGAAAUAAGUGAUAUGCCUUCAUGCACCAGCGACCUUACUGGAACGAACAAUAGUGCAAAAAAAAGUGCUAAUCUAGGUCUCACAAUCCGUAUCAACAAAUGCCCAAAAAGUCAAUGCAACAGUGAUCAUUGUGUAGAAAAAUGUUUACAUGCCAUAAAAGUUGAUAUUCAAAACAAACUUGGUUCAAAUCCUUUUUCAUUCAGUAUCACAGCAGUUGAUGGAAAUGUUCAUUCAAUUUCUAGUCAACUUUGCUCUUUCCAACAACCUGUUGCAGCACCAGCAACUUGCUUUGAUGGAAUUCAAAAUCAAGAUGAAACUGAUAUAGAUUGUGGAGGAUUAAUUUGUCCACUACGAUGUAAUACCAGUAAAAAAUGUCAAAAAAUAUCUGAUUGUACCAAAGUAGCUUGUACUUGUGGUAUAUGCCAAGCACCACUCUGUAACGAUUUUAUACUCAAUGGAGAUGAAACUGGUAUUGAUUGCGGAGGUAUGCUCUGUUCCAAGUGUUCUGCAGGGCAAAGCUGUAAAGCAACCUCGGACUGUGGCUCUGGAUUGUGUGUCGAUGGUACAUGCAAAAACUCAACAUGUUGCGAUGGUAUAAAGAAUGGUAUGGAAACCGAUGUGGACUGUGGUGGCUCAACAUGUAAACAAUGUGCUGAUAAUAUGCACUGUUUGACAAAAACAGAUUGCUCGAGCAAAAAGUGCACAAAUACCAUUUGUCAAGUACCAACCUGUUCUGAUGGGAUCGUUAAUCGAGAUGAAACUGGUAAAGACUGUGGUGGAACUUUCUGUGCAGCGUGUCCAGAGGCUGCACCAUGUACUUUUACAGCCGAUUGUAACAAUGUGUUAUGUACAAAUAGCGUCUGUCAAACUGCAACGUGUCACGAUGACUUGAAAAAUGGAGCCGAGACAGACACAGACUGUGGAGGAUCAACAUGUGGAAAAUGUGCCGAUGGUUUGGACUGCAAGAUCGGAACAGACUGUACCAGUGGAGUGUGCCCGAGUGGCAAGUGUCUAGCUGGGACAAACGGUGAUAGUGUGAAGAAUGGAGACGAAACCGAUGUGGAUUGUGGUGGAUCAAGCGGAAAAUAUUGUGGUACGGGUCAAUCCUGUAAAGUCACUGGUGAUUGUGACAAAGCAGCAUGUCUAGACGAAAAAUGUGCAGCUGCAACGUGUUCUGAUAACAUCAUGAAUGGUCUUGAGACAGCUAAGGAUUGUGGAGGGUCAACAUGUGGAAAAUGUGCCGAUGGUUUGGACUGCAAGGUCGGAACAGACUGUACCAGUGGAGUAUGUCCGAGUGGCAAGUGUCUAGCUGCUACAAACGGUGAUGGUGUGAAGAAUGGAGAUGAAACAGGUGUGGAUUGUGGUGGAACAAGCGGAAAAUAUUGUGGUAUGGGUAUAUCCUGUAAAGUCACUGGUGAUUGCGACAAAGCCGCAUGUCUAGAUGAAAAAUGUGCAGCUGCAACGUGUUCUGAUAACAUCAUGAAUGGUCUUGAGACAGCUAAAGAUUGUGGAGGAACAACAUGUGGAAAAUGUGCCAAUGGUUUGGACUGCAAGGUCGGAACAGACUGCACCAGUGGAGUAUGUCCGAGUGGCAAGUGUCUAGCUGCGACAAACGGUGAUAGUGUGAAGAAUGGAGACGAAACCGAUGUGGAUUGUGGUGGAACAAGCGGAAAAUAUUGUGGUACGGGCCAAUCCUGUAAAGUCACGGCGGACUGUAACAGUGGCUCGAAUAAUCUUUUAUGUGUUAAUAAUAUUUGUGGCAGUAAGUGUGAUGAAUUCGUUCAGUUUUAG